AUGGAAGGACGCUCAAGCAAUGUUGACGGCCAUGUGUCUAUUCAAACGAAAUCGCCAUUGUAUGAGCCACUCUACGGGCGGAAAAUUCGCCUGCUCCGACUACUGCCGGGCAAUUAUCGCGACCCAUUACGCUGCAAGUUACAAACUGUUGAUUUGCAAUUCAAACCAGAAUAUGAGGCAUUGUCUUAUACUUGGGCUAACUCAAAUGGAGAUAGCUCCUUGUCACAGCAGAUAUACGUCGGGGCACGCCAAGAUAUCUUGCUCAUCACGGCCAACUGUGCCAACGCCCUGCGGCGGCUCCGGUUUGCGUCCUGGAGCAGGAACCUUUGGGUCGAUGCUAUCUGUAUUGAUCAGUGCAAUAUUCACGAGCGAUCCCACCAGGUUGGCAUUAUGCGAUACAUAUACGCAACUGCCGAGAGGGUCAUCAUCUACUUGGGUGAAGAUGCAGAAGAUCCUGAGAAACCUUCUGUUCCAUGGAAGUACGAAAAUCAUGGAAACACCCUAGAUCUAAGCACUGAUCUGAGGACACAACCUUACUUCACCAGAGUUUGGGUAAUUCAGGAGGUUGCCUCGGCCCGAUCAGCUUGGAUUCUACUCGGGUCGAAAGGUGCCAGAUGGGAAGACUUCCUCAAGCCUCCCAACACUGGCGAUCUAGUAUACAGGGUUAAGUGUAUAAGGAACUACGACCUUCUUAAGGCCCAUCAUCCCUGGCUUCAGCUCGUUGCUCAGCCUAAACACAGGGACCUGAGUGAGCUGUGGGGCCUCCUAUCCGCGACAGCUUUGUGCCAGGCCUCAGAUCCAAGAGACAAGGUCUUCGCUCUAUUAGGCCUCUUUAUCGGUUCUGGUGAUGCCGGAUUGGUUCCCGACUACUCUAUCAGCUUUUCUCAAGUUCUAUGUGGUCUUACAGCACUUAGUUUCGCGCAGUAUCCUGAUUCGUGGGGGCAAAUUUUCGCCAUGGCCAGACCGAAUCCUCUACAUGAUAUGCCUAGCUGGACAGUCGACUGGUCAAAAUCGACGGAAAUGUGGCUGCAAAUCAUGAAUUCCAAAGGGACCGGUUCUGUCUCUCCCGAGGACAAUUUUCUGGGCCCAGCCAAAGAUACGUUCGCAAGGUUCUUCAAGGAUGGCAGCCUUGUGGUAAAGGGGGUUCUUGUUACGAGUCUGAUAGAUUGCAGUCUCAAGACAAUGGACGCUCCUCCCGGGAUGAUUGGCGGAAUUUGCCAUGAGCCGGGCUUUCCAAUCAGAGAACGAGAGGCACGACUUGAAGCCUCGAGGUGGACUCGCAAAGACGACAAACUGUACGCUGUAGAUGGCCUAAGCUAUGAACUGCUUAUCCUUAGGCCAUUGAAAGGUACGAACAAGCAGUCGCUUGUCGGUAUCUGUGAGAACUUUUAUACCGAAUCUUCAGCUGAAUUAAUUAACCUCGUUGACCGAAAAACGGCCCUCCUGUUCUCGAUAUGGAACGAAGUUCUGGACCAUCGCACGGAGGAUUGGUUCAUUCCACAGGCCUGGGACGACGUGGCAAAGGUACUGGCCAUGAUACAGACAUACGGGUGGUUUGAAAUGGCAACACCGUCAACAAACCCUUGGGUUGAUCCUUUGGAAGAAGGUUAUGAGGAUCCGUCGAAGAGCCCAUGGAGAAGACAGCAGGGCUUUGACAAUAUGGCAACCUCGACUUCCCACACGCCGGAUAUUGCAGCUUGGAAAAGCCCUUUGUUGAGACUUCGGAAAGACGUGGAGGAGGAUCGACACCGACGAGCCCAAUUACGUGGAGGAUACACACAGCCAUACCUCGAAGAUAGCUGUACUUUGCAGAUGACUCCAAACGUCCCCGGGCUACAAGACCAACCCGGAGUCAAUCUCGCAAAUUUCUUGUUGCCGGCGUGCUGGCACUACGGGGAAUACGCGAAAUAUGGUGAACACUACGGAAGCUUGCGAGAAAUAAUGGGGAGGCCAAAACACCGUGGCUAUGAGCGUUCGUCUCCUUGGCAUCCUGAUUACAUGAAUAGUGGAUUGAUGGAAGGGUUCUGGCGCCGGCUGGGCAGAAUGUUGCAGUCCAAAGUGUCCUACCAUAAAUCGGGCUAUGAGUCUGCUACGGAUUUCCUCCGGCGACUGGUCGGCCAAAAGUUGACUCACAAGUCCAGAGACUUUGACUCGUUGCUGCGCUACUAUCAGGCGGGCAAGAACUGCGCCCCCAGGCUAACCCGCGACGAGAAGCUGGCAGAUGAAAUUUUGCUUCGAUGGAUCAGAAACUCAAUGGAACUUGAUCCUGAUGCUUCUUGGACGCCCGGGGAACAUUCCAGUACUGCCGGAAAUAGGUCAUGGGCUGAGGACUUUUACGAAAUGUGGGAGACGCUGUCUCGGCGGCCCAGGCAAGUCUCUCACAAACCACCUAGCCCAAUGGUCUUUGACGGAAACCCUGAAGAAGAAGGAGUCAUGACUGAGGAUUUUGAGGAGGCAAUCGAUGCUGGGAAGUGGAUACUGGAGAGAGGUUUUGAAGAAAGGGCGUGGGGUAUGCUGCGUGACUUGGCGGCCGAAACCGAAAAAUAUUUGCUUCCGCUUAGAGAGGAGUUCGUGAAGAACCGUGGUGUUGCGACGUGCGCGAACAAGACAAAUGAUAUGAAGUGGGAGGAUGUGUAUAUUGUCUAG